GUUAGGAUGCCCAAUAGUGCCCGAUAGUGGGAAGUCGGCCCCGUUGAACAUGCUUUCAUCCGCUGAUAAUAUGUAUUUCUCCUGUAAAGUGCCUAGUUUAUAAUGAGUUCUCCAGAUUAAUCUCUCCAUUCUUACACAUAGCAUAUAGUAAGUAACAACAUUUAAGGAAGACUUCAAUCUCACCCAGAAAUCCUAUCCUCCUCUACAAUUUGGCUUGGGAAGUUUCUCUUCAUUAAAGUCUUGCUCAGAAUUCUGCAAAGCAAUUUCCUAUGAACUUGACUAAGUUUCUGAGUAACCUUAGUCUUUUAUUUAGUCUUGACUUUAGCAUUUAAUUCUGUAUUUAAAGUAGAGACAUUUGUGGGGAAAGAUUAUUGUUUCACAGUACAUUCUUGCUGAAGAAAAUCUAGAAAAUACAGAAAGUUAAAGGGUCUGAGUAACAGCAGUAGAAGUCAGAUUUUGUGAUUUCUACUUUUGAGUGAGUUGGAGUAACGCCAGGGUUUUGAUAAGACUUCCCUUGUGUUUAAAGGGGACACACUGAAAUGUGUCAGUGUGUAGGACAAGAAUACAAGCAGAGAGCCUUUUUGGAGGCUACUAAAAUAGUGCAAACAGGAAAGAAUUGGUGGAAAUUUAAAAGAUUAUAAUGGGGGAUGGUGAGAAAUUGCUUAGAUUCUAGAAACAUUCUAAAGGCAAAAGCAACAACAUCUGUCCACUGAUGGAGGAUGAAAUGGCCAGCAAAUGAGAUGAGGAAAGCUAUAUAUGGGGAAGCAUAGUGAAAUGGUCACCAAGUGGUUGUCACAUCCCCUGAAACUGAAGAUGUGGGCAGUUUGAGCUGCUAUUUGUUGCUGGGAACCAAAUCCAGAUGUUUCAUGGAACAAUCACAAAAGAGCUUACCAGUCAUGAAGAGUGGAGUCACUACAAUGAAAAUAUAAUAGAAGAUCAGAAAGACUUUGUGUUUGUAAAGUACAAUGGCCUCCAUCUGAAGUCCAUGGAGAAUCUGCAGUCCUGCAUCUCUCUGAGAGUGUGCAUUUUCUCUAACAACUUCAUUACUGACAUCCAGCCACUACAGAGCUGCAUAAAGCUCAUCAAACUUGAUCUCCAUGGAAACCAGAUAAAGACUCUUCCAGAUAGAACUUUUUGGGGUGGACUCAAGAACCUAAAACUCCUCUACCUUCAUGACAAUGGCCUUGCCAAGCUGAAGAACAUCUGCGUGUUGGAUGUGUGUGCAAGCCUUAUAGGGCUGACCAUGUUUGACUGCCCAGUGAGUCUUAAGAAGGGCUACAGGCAUGUUCUUGUCAAUAGUAUCUGGCCUCUCAAAGCCCUGGACCAUCACAUUAUAUCUGAUGAAGAAAUCAUUCAGAACUGGCAUCUUCCGGAGAGAUUUAAGACGUUCAACCACAGGCUAUUCUUUAACCUUUGCCCAGCAUUGGUAAAGGGUACAACAUAUGAGGAUGAAAUUAAAAAUAUCAAGCAGAUAAUUUCAAGGAUUAAUAGGAUUCUGGCUCAUAAUUCACCAGUGUUGAUUGUUCAAAGAUGGAUACGUGGUUUCCUAGUUAGGAAACGCUUGAGCCCCCUUUUUAAACGUAAAAAGCCUAAAGACAAAAUGAUUAGGGUGCUUGAAACAAAAUGGAUCUGCAUAGGUAGAAGACAUGAUGACAAAAUCAUGGAGGACAUCUUCCUUCUCAAGCCUGAGUCUCACAUGAAAGGGAAGGUCGCACACUGGAAAAAAAUGAGAUGUACUCCUGCUGACUUUAAAUACUUUCCUGAGUACAGAAAAUGCAUUUCCUGUCUUUCAUGUGAAUUAAAAACAAAAGAUAUUGACAGAAAACCAAAACCACCAAGACAUCACAUUCAGAAAGAUGAGAAGGAGUCUAAAGCUGACUCUGAGGAUGAAGAAGUGGACACUGGGUUUAGGAUAUCUGCCAUGAAGAUUCCUUUAUAUCCUCCUAGAUCACUCAAGUAUGGUGCGGUGUUGAAGGAGAUGAAAAGAGAUUAUUUCCCAGAUUAUCUUCUGCCACUUCCUGCCACUCGUCCAAAGCCAGCCAUUCAGAGAGUGACACUGAAGGAGCUGAACGAAAGGAGAGACUUUGUAACUUCCACAAUCGCAGGCUUGAAUCUCCACCUUCUUACUGAUCUUGAUAAAUAUCACGUAGAACGAAAGCGCCAAGAAAAACAAGCAGAAAAAUCAACAGCGGUAGUCAGGGCACAAAUUGCCCAGGAAAGAGCUAGGCUCAGUGUUAGAGAGAAUUUAAGGAGGAACUUUUAUAUGACACAAAAACUAAUAGAACAGGAUAAUGAGAUGAUCCAGAAAGGCUUACGGCAAGUUUGGAAGGAAAAACUUGCCUACCUUGAAAAAGUUAGAGAGAGGAAAACUAUGUUUCUAGCUGAAAAAAAGCUAAAUGCUGCAGACCAUUCUUUAGUGCAGACCAUCAGCAAUGAGCGGUCCCUUCUGCUCAAAGGAAUCAUUCAAGAUGACAGACGGAAGAAAAAUUCGAGUGACUUAAGAGCGAAGCACCUGAAUGUUAAGGAAAAAAGGAAAACACAAAAAUAUAGGCAAAGUUUGAUGAGGCAAAUGAAGGAGCUCAGGGCUGAAGAAAUUCGUAGAAGACACUAUGAAGAGAAAUUUGUUAUUGAUACACUCAUCUUUGAAAAAGCCUGUGCAAGACUAGAGGAAGCCAAAGCAAAGGUUGAAUUUGUUAGGACAAAUUAUACCUCUAAGUCUCGUUGGAAAGAGUCAGCAUGAGCCAAUGCCAGCGCACAUCUGAUAACUGUAAAUUGUGGCCACUAUUUUUAUUUAAAAAAUCUUGAAAUAAUACUUAGAAGAUGUGCUCUACACAAGGUUGGUCUGGGUAUAAAUGUGUUCAAGUUGAAAGAGAAGAGGGUCUCAAGUGUUUUCAUACUGAUUAUAAUGAAAUCUGGCUGACUUUGCACUCGUAAAGGCUCGUUAUGUAUCCAUGUGCCCGAAAAGGAAUGAAAGCAGUCUGACUUCCUCCAUACAAAAGUCUUCAGAAGACUGUACAGUUCUACAGGCUUAGAGGAUGACAAGUUAUGAAGCUAUUUUCAGUUUUUUCUUCUAAUUUCCUUCCUUAUUGCUGAAUUUUAUUGAGAUAUUAUAUAUAGUAAAAACUUCUGUUACCCAAUUUCAUAUAUUAAAUUAUAAUGUAUUUCCUAAUUACCUUAUUAAAACAAUUUCUGAAUUUUGUUUACUUUUCUCUUUCAAAAUACAGGUUUCAUCAAUGUAUUAUUUAUACCCAUAAAGAUUUAGACAAUA